AUGGCGGAAGCCCUGACAACUCAGGAGCAGCUGGCUGUGGAGGAGUUCCUGAGUGAGGUGCGUAGCAGGGAGCAGCCUCACAGUGCUGGGUUCGUCUCCCAACCUACCGCUGUAAAGUUUCUCAUGGCCCGCAAGUUUGACGUCUCCAGAGCCAUCGACCUCUUCCAAGCAUACAAGAACACAAGAAUCAAAGAGGGCAUCAUCAAUAUCAACCCUGACGAGGAGCCCCUGCGCUCUGAGCUGCUGAGUGGCAAAUUUACAGUCCUGCCUGGCCGUGAUGCAAAGGGUGCUGCUUUGGCACUCUUCACUGCUCGUCUCCAUCGGCCAGAUGUCACCACCCACAAAGCUGUGCUGCAGGCCAUCAUCUAUCAGCUGGACAAAGCCAUAGAGAGUGCACAAACUCAAAGAGACGGGCUCAUAUUUAUCUACGACAUGACCAACUCCUGCUAUGGCAAUUUUGACUAUGAGCUCUGUGUCAAGAUCCUCAAUUUGCUCAAGGGUGCAUUUCCAGCUCGUCUAAAAUGUGUCUUCAUUGUGUCAUCACCUCUUUGGUUUCGAGCACCUUUUGCCGUUCUCCGCCUAUUUGUACGCGAGAAGCUAAGAGAAAGGGUGUGCACUGUGAAAGCUCAUGAGUUGGCCAGUCACAUCCCAGUGUAUUCCCUCCCUGAACACUUGGGUGGGACAUCCCAGUAUAGCCACGUGGCUUGGAUCCAGUCCUGUGUUAAUAUACACACAAACACUGUUGAGGGUGACAAACAAGAACAUGACACACACGACUGUGUGGGAAGCCUGCUGCGCUCCUACAGCUUAGAGUGCAGCAACACAAGCGCAGGCGCUACACUGUCCCACACCCAUAUAAACUCACAGUUAGGUUCUGAGCUAGCCGUGGCUAACUCUAACUGCUACGAUGAUAGCAAUGCUAAUCCAAACAACCACUGCGGUGUGGUGGAGGGCAGGACUGGAGGCCCAGGACAGUAUCAGCAGAGCCCACAGUCUACUUCAAACAGGCCGCAGGGGAACCACCAACACUGGAACGGCUCAGCAGUGAGCAGGGCCAACGUGGCCGUUAGUGGCUGUAGCCCCAAUGCUAACAUUAAUGGUCGUGGCCGCCAGGCCCCUCCCCAGUCAGACACGCCCCCUGACACACCGCUUUCCCAGAAGGGUUGUGGGGAUACGAUUGACGGCAUGGUAACAGACUCUAACCGUAGGUCUCAGAAUGAGGGUGUAAAGGAGGAGGACGAGGAGGAUGGUGAGGAAGAGGAAGGUGUACCGCCGUUGCCCCAGAAGUCUUUGCCUCGCCCCCCACAGCAGCUUUCCUCCCAGUCCCCGCCCCUGUCUUCGUCAUGGGGUCCUGAGGAUGAAGACCACUGCAUGGAGGUGUCUGUUCACAUGCCAGAGCAGGGAGGCAUGACGGUGCAUGACCUGGUGGAGCAUGUGAAGCGAAAGAAAAAGAAGGGGAUCUAUCAGGAGUAUGAGGAGAUCCGUAAGGAGCCUCCAGCAGGCGCCUUUGACUACUCCAAAAAACUGUCCAAUCAGAUAAAGAACAGGUACAGUGACGUUCUCUGCCUGGAUCAGUCACGAGUGCGACUCUGCCAGCUCUGUGAUGACGAGGAUGAGACAUCAGAUUACAUUAAUGCCAGUUUCAUGGAUGGGUACAAAAUGACCAAUGCCUACAUUGCAACUCAGGGUCCUUUGCCAAAAACCUUUGGUGACUUCUGGCGCAUGGUGUGGGAACAGAUGGUACUUAUUAUUGUCAUGACCACCAGGGUGGUAGAGCGUGGGCGUGUCAAGUGUGGUCAGUACUGGCCUCUUGAGGAGGGCAGGACUGAGCAGCAUGGAUACUUCUUGGUCAGGAACACACACAUCCAGGUGUUUCAGGACUUCAAACUCUCCCACCUUGAACUUUACAACACACAGUCUGGAGAGAGACGGGAGGUGUACCACUACCUCUAUGUCAGCUGGCCAGACUUCGGGGUGCCCAAAAGUGCUUCAGCUAUGUUGGACUUCCGUGAGCAUGUGCUUCGGAGGAGGGAGGCUGCAGUCCAGAGCCUGGGAUCCAGUUGGACGGGGCCUCCAGGGGGCCCCCCUGUGGUUGUGCACUGCAGUGCCGGCAUUGGCCGCACAGGCACGUUCUGUACACUGGACAUCUGCCUGUCCCGGCUGGAGGACAUCGGCACAAUAGAUGUCUGUCAGACGGUGCGGCGGAUGCGUACUCAGAGGGCUUUCAGCAUCCAGACCUGGGACCAGUACUACUUUUGCUACACAGCAGUUAUUGAGUAUGCCCAGCGCAAUGGGAAAUUGAGCCCAGUGCAGUGGUCUGACUCAGACCUAGAGACUGACAGCGAGUGAGAGACACACAGAAGGAUUAAAAAAAACAAAAAACAAUGGUAUAGCCAACCUCAGCCGAAGUAAUAGGAACUAAAGAGUAAGGAAUGACGUUUCAAAGUAGAGGAGGGAGAUGACUCUUCUGCCAUAAGAGACAAGGGAUGGACAUGUUGUUUUGGCUCUUGAUGUAAUGAUGAAGACUCCCACAGUUGCUCUUCCUUCACAUGAAUGGAUAGACAGCAGAUUUGAAGAGCAGAGAAAAAGAACACAGGGAGUGGAGACUGCGCAUUGCAUCACUGAUUGAGCAAGCUGUCCUGCCAAUUUUCGAGCCCCUUUUUGUUUAGCAAACUACAGGGGGACUGCCCUGAACCUGUCUUGUUGACAAUAGAGUUGUACGAGUUGUAGCAUUUUUAUAUUACCUUGCACAUGAGGAAUGACAAACUUGAACUGUACCCUUUGAAGCCCUCCAAACCCAGUCUUCGUUCGUUUUUGCAUUUCUUGUUCCUUUUCAACCCUGAACAACUCUGAUCACAGAUAAAAUGUGAGGGGGUACGAAAAGGUGAAACUUGAAAACAUUUUUUGUUUUGUGUUUUUAUUUUUAAAGGAGAAAUGGUUCUGCAUGAGCAAAUGGUCGUGACAAUAGAUCAGUGUAUGAGCCAUUUAGUCCAUUUCCGUUUUAUCUUUAUUUUCCAUGUCCUUUUUUUCUAUGGUGCAUUUUCUACGUGUGUUUCAUAUUUGUGCAUAUGUAGACUAACAUUUCAAAGCCAAAGUCCUCACCCUCAAUGCUUGGAUGUACUCCUUACUGAGAUAUUAUAGACUGAAGCCCAUGUAUAUUCUUGUAACAUACAUUUAUACGUUAUUGUGCAUAGUAACAACCUCUGAAAGAAUAGCAAAAAAACCUUGUUUUAAUAUAAUUGACAUAACCUUGAGAAGAAGUAUAGCGAGUCAGGCUAUGACAAAAUAUAGAAAAGGGUUCUGGUAUUAAAACUGAUAUCGUAUUGUAAAUCUGUGUGAUUUGUCAGGUCUAACAUUAUCUUUACUGUUGGAGCGUUCUGAAUGGACGAUCUUAAGUAAUUUGGCCUUAACUUGAUUCACUGCCUCGUCGUUCUCAGACCUAAACCAUACCUGAAACUGAAAACUUUUAUUUACCCUUUUGUUCUUUCCCUUUUUGAAACGUAUGCCCUCGAUAUCACAAUUGUUGUUUGAUUCUCGAGGCAAAUUCUGCCUCAGAUAAUUGUGCCUUCAACUUUUCCUUAGCUUAACGUCUCGCUAGUGUAGUAAUAACACCCAAACUAGUGCACUUGAAUAGUACACAUUGACUAUGUGUCACACAGGACACACACAUUUUGCCUAUAGUCCUGUACAUAGUACACUACUAAUAAUAACAAGACAGUAGUGAGUUACCUGGGACUAAGCUCUGGAUUGAGACAUGGCUAUUCUUUUAUCAUUUGACCUCAGGGGGUAAUUCUAGUGUAUUUUGCCUAGUGUCAAAGAUCCAUUUCUGGGUUUGCCUCUGGUAAAUUAUCAUUUAAGAAAAAACUAUAUCAACUUUAUUUUGUAUUUUUUACUGUAUUGUAUCUUACUAUAUUUAUGUCUUUGUAAAACUUCUAUAAUAUUGAAAUCAGUGAAUGUUGGUACGAUGCUACAAAGAAAACAAACCAGUUAUUGUAUUUGAUAAGCUGAACAAAUCAGAUGGGGAGUGAAGUAUAUUUUUUGUUGUUCACAAUGAAACUUUGGUGGAAAACUUGCCAUUGUAUUUUCAGAACUGACUUGUAUAAAUGGUGAUUGUUCAAUUCUAGGAAGAUUUGGGGGAGAGGGGGGACUGGGUGAAGCAAACGACUGUUUUUAGAGAGCGUAUUGUAAAACUCUUCAGUAACAAUUACAUUAACGUCUUACUGUUUGGUACCCAAUGCCAAGGACAAAACAAAAAAUAGCUAUGAAGAGGAAAAAAUAGCAAAGUUAGCAAAGUGGUUGCCAUUUCUGUUCACAAAAUCCCAGCUUGUUGUCUGAAAAAAUAUAUAAUUGGACUGGAUUAAGGUUUAUCGGCAUGGAAAGCGAGCCUUGAAUGUUUUUGGGGUAAUGGUGUCUAAGCAAUUUUGUCAAGACAGACAUGGAUAUUGUGAAUGUGGACCCUGCAUCCCUCAAUGCCAAAGGCCCAGGCUCACCCUAAAGAUUAUUUUAUUUUUUUUUGCUCUCACACAUCCUCAACAGCCUACUAGCAUGGACCUACCAGUGCAGCCUUGCAUCCAUGGACACAGAAAGACUCGGGAGCACCUUGGGAACAUUACUUAAGAUUAUGUAUAGCCACAAAAUGGGAGUGUGUGUGUGUGUGUGUGUAUGUAAAAAGAGUCUCAGUUCCCAUGCUACUUUGAAUUUGUUGAAUGAGAAACCGAGAAUGCAACGUGCAUUUGUCAUUGGUGUUCAUCUAAUGUUUCUUUCUGUGCUUUAAGUUCACGUGAUUGAAUUACAGCCUUUUACAUGCUGUCAUCAAGGCUGUCCCAUUAAAGGUCCAGUGUGUAAUA